ACCAGACAUAUAAAAAGGUUAUUCCCGAACACAAUUGCAUCAGUUCAUUUGUCUGGUAGACAAUGUAUAAGAUUAUUCUUGUGGGUUUGGUUGUGGCCGGAGUCAAGGCACAGCACUACGGUGAACACGGUGGACAUCAUGGAGUUGACUACUAUGCUGAGCCGCAUUAUUAUUUCCAGUACGAGGUUAAAGACGACCACACUGGAGAUUUCAAGAGUCACAAGGAAGAACGAAAAGGCGAUCACACCCACGGAGUGUACACCGUGGCACAGCCCGACGGUUCCAAGAGAGUCGUCGAAUACUCUGUCGAAGGGAAGCAUGGUGGAUUCGUACCAAAGGUGCACAGGGACCCGGUAAAACACAUCGACAACAAAGGACACGGGCACGGUGUCUCAGUGGCCAACCAGAAUUUUCACCAAGACGGCGUAUAUGAAGUCAACCAUCCGCACGGAGGAUUCGGUGGCGGGUUUGGAAAUUACCACUCUGGUGGGUUAUCUGACGGGUUUGCCGGACAUUCUGGAGAAUUGUCCGCCGGAUCUUAUGGAAGAUUGAACAACGGAGGCCACAACGACAUAGGAUACAACAACGGAGGAUACAGCAAUGGAGGAGCUUCUUCAAGCGUGUCAUUGUCUACAAACGGAGCUAAAAUCUACACGUCUACGAAACAUUUAGCUCCACAUGGUCAUGGAUAUUAGAACCUGUAUGUAAAAACUAGUCAUUUUUUGCACCAUUUUAUGUAAUAAAACAUUUGUAUUUU